AAGCAAUCAUAUGGUAGCCCAAGACUGAAGAUUCAACUCCCGGCGUGAUGCAGUCCUCUACUGCGUAUGAGCGAAUAGGGGAUGGGCCGAGCAGAGGGGAAGAAUACAGCGAUGUACCAGCACUGUCCCCCCCUGAGCUCACGCCCGAAAUCCCCGGGGAACCACAGAGCGGCCUCGAAAUGUCAGGGAGGAUAAGAUCCAUGUCACUCGACUCCCUACAGCUUACACCUUCAAAUGCGCCUGGGUCAGAUAAUUCGAUACGUAGCCAUGAAUCUUCAGGAGAAGUUGGCCACCUUGCCUUCACAGACAAUGGCAAUAAGCCAACAUUGGCUUCGGACAGCCAAAAGUCCACAGCUGGAGAGGCUGAUACUAAACGUCUUCCCUCUCGAACCUCGAACCACUAUCCAGAGAGAUUUUCCUUGGUGUCUUGCUUGGUUUUUCGAUAUUGUACUAACAAUUAUACCGCUCCUCUUCAUUGGUAUUGCAGCUAUUGCACUGCAGUUAGACCAUCAGCCUCGCUCCGACUUGGGAGAAAGAAUCCUUGCGGCUACUCGCCUAGGGCCAACACUUUUCCCUAUCGCCUUUGCCGCUAUUGCUGGGCGCUUUUUUCAGAACAUGUCCCGGUGGCACCUCGAACGGCCCAACGGAAUAAAGCUGGGGACCCUGGAGCAAAUCUCUGGCAGUCAGAGUUUCCCAGGAGCAGUACAAAGGGCAUUUACUGUCCGUAGUAAACACUGGAUAUCUACCAUGAUCAUAGUAACUUGGGCCUUGUCCCCUAUUGGCGGCCAAAGCUCACUACGGCUUCUCAGUCACGGUCAUGAUUCAUUUGAGACAGAGCUUAAUGUUUUCUUCGCGAACCCGGAAUACCAGUCGUCAAGCUUCACUUCAGCGUCUGAAUCGGCCGAUAACUCCAACGCGAUGUCUACUAUUUACUCAGGCCUGCUUCUCUCCGCACCUUCCCAGCGUGCGGACCUCACCGAUCUCUGGAGCCGACCUAAAAUACCACAGCUACCAAAGCUGGCCCAAGCCAUGGUCGGCAAUUCUACCAUGAAGUGGUACGAUGUAUCUCAGGCAGAUCUCCAGCAUGCUGAAGAUUAUGCAUCUCUUCUUGGACUUGACAUCAGGGGAAAAACACCAGAUGUUCCUGGGCGGCAACUGCGCUUCGGUGUCAACACUUCAUAUGUCGACUAAGAAUGCGAAAGGGUGGCUGGUCAUCAAUACGGGGACUUGGCACAAGGUCCCUCUGACCGGAGUUCGUUCAAUUCCUCUUUCCAGAACUACACGGAGCGUGGCGAACCAAUGUCCUGGUUCGUAAACACGGAACAAUCGGGACAUCGACUCAACUAUGACAGCCGGGACGUGACCCAGCACCCACGCGGGCAGAUGCCGGCCAAUUUGACUCACUUCGAAUGUAUACUUCGGCGCAUACCGGUUGAGGUAGAGUCUCAUUGUGGCCCAUUUCCUGCAACUGGCUGCGGUGCGAGGCGAUUGCGGCAACGAGAAGAGAGAUCCGACGUAUCCCUCUAUCCUGGCGGGGAGAACGAACACAUGGACCCUGAGCUCUUCCAGAUCCUGCCUUGGAGCAUGACCCCACCAACAGUCGCGAAUAUGUUAGCCUUUUGGCCAACCGCGGCUGGUAUACCCGAUAUAAUAGAAGGCGCUUCGGCUACAGACAACUUCCUCGCAGGCGACGACGCCCUCUUUGUAAGCCACAGAAUUCGUGACUGGGGUCGCGAUGCCUCCAACAUGAUUCAGUUCUCCCGGCGGAUGACAACACUGUUGAACACCAUCUUCCUGGUUUCCUUGAAUCUGCUCAACGUAACCACUGCCAUCUCCUCUUCCGUUACGCAGACGGAUUCGUCUUCUAAGGAUGGGACUGAGCCUUUCUACAACACUACGCAAGCCACUGCCUCGGACACCCGUGUUAUCUACCGAGCUGACCGUCGUUGGUGUGCUACUCUGCUGCUUGUCAGCUCCUUCCUUCAGAUUCUAGCUAUAGCAGGGCUCUGCCUUCGUGCUUGGAUCACUGGUCCAGAUUUGCUUGGGUUUGCAAGUUCAUUAACACGAGACAACCCCUACUUUCCGGAUUCAGUGAGUUCUUGUGGAUCAGCCCUAGGUGGCGCUGAUAGGUCGCGUAUGUGCAAGGACUUGCGAGUGCAGAUAGCUGAUGUGUUGCCGAUGGAGGAGAAUGGGUAUAUCGUCUUCAAGCUUGUGUCACCUCCGGAGAAAAGAAUCGCAUGGAACAAGAAAGCAUUUGGAGGGAAGAGGCUCUUCAUAUAGACUAGAAGAAGUACCGAUCAAUAUUGUUUGGAGAUAUUUGUACCGUCUGCUGAUAUAGUUGCUGUACUGGUGGAGAUAAUGUAGAUGAUCUACACUACAAUACUACUAGAUAAUUGCCCUAAUGGCUGGGA